ACAGAUCGAGCUCGCAUCAUCGUUCGCGCUCUGAGGAAAACCUCUUUUUCAACCUUUCUGUUUUCGGUUUCGGGCGGAAAUCAAUUCGUGUCUGUGUAGGUGUGUGCGUGUGUGUGUGCGAAGUAAAAAGUUCAAUCGAACCAUCAGGAUUAUAAUUUUUGUACUGGGUUUACAGUUGUGUGUAAUUGUACGAUUUCGGACAGGCAAGUCCGAUAAUCUUUAAGGAGCAGGGGUCUUUUGAGACCAGUUUCUUGCUUAGUAUCGUGCCGAGUUUUUUCGGGACUUCUGGAUUCUCCGAUUAUAAGGUCGGGCCACGUUAAAUCAAACUUUUUUGAAUGAGAAACUAUAUCUUGCCGUUCACCCACUAUCUUGGUACGCCGAGAUCCUUUGCCUUCAGCUUCAAGUUUGACGCUUUCCCCAGGCAUGACGUCUUCCAGGACUCUGGCUACUUUAUGGAUGAUUGCGACGGACCGGCAAGUCUGCAGUCCAUCUUCCACGUGCGAGCGGCCGAGCUCUACCCGAAGCGGAUCCUCGAGGCGGAGAAGGAUCUGAGCGUCCCGUUCAGCCCCCUCUGCGGGGAGGCGGUCGAGUUCCUCGGGAGGACCGGGGACGGCAUCCUCGCCCUCUCCAACUACCGCAUUUACCACCUCCCGGACGACGGAUCCAACCACAGCAACAUCCCCCUCGGUCUUGUCGAGCAAGUCGAGGUCCGCGAUUUGUUCUAUCUCCAGAUCAGCUGCAAGGACGCCCGCACCUAUAGGUGUUUCUUUACUACUAAUGAACACUGUAUGGAAUGGUUUCGGAGACUGGCUAAAGCUGUGUCUCCUCCAAAAAGCACCGAAGAGCUGUUCGCUUUUGCAUUUUACGCUUGGGCCUCCGAGGAAGGCUGUAAUGAUCUAAACGGAAGACUCGGCAGAGAUCUAUCGGUUCCUGGCUCUCAUUUUCGCAAUGAAGUGGACCGGUUGAAGUUUGAGGUAGAUACGGGCGUCUGGCGUAUCUCGAACGUAAACAGCGAGUAUGGGCUGUGCCCCACUUAUCCUCGUUAUCUAAUUGUCCCAAAAUGCAUCACUGAUGCGAAAUUAGAGGUAGCUGCAAAAUUCAGGAGCGCACGGAGAGUACCUGCUGUUGUCUGGAGACACAAAGGCAGUGGAGCUGUAAUAGCAAGGUGUAGCCAACCUGAGGUUGGUUGGCUGGGUUGGCGCUCUGAAGAAGAUGAGACAUUGUUGAAAGCAAUCACUCAGGCCUGUGCUCAGACCAUGAUUGGAUUGAACAAGAAUGCCAAGCCUAAGAAAUUGUUAAUUGUUGAUGCCCGAUCGUACACAACAGCUGUAGCAAACCGUGCUCGUGGAGGAGGCUGCGAAUGCCCUGAAUACUAUCCAAACUGUGAGAUUCAAUUCAUGAAUUUGGCAAACAUCCAUUCUAUUCGGAAAAGUUUCCAUGCUCUUCGUCAGCUUUGCGCCACAUCCUCUGAUGUUCCUAAUUGGUUUAGUUUACUAGAAAGCACUCGAUGGUUGGCCAAUAUGUCCGGCCUCCUGCAUGCCGCCGUGACAGUAACGUCUGCUAUUGAAAAAUCUGGUCGCCCAGUGCUAGUUCAUUGCUCUGACGGCUGGGACCGAACUCCCCAAAUUGUUUCUCUAGCAGAACUUCUACUCGAUCCAUAUUAUAGGACAAUUGAAGGUUUUCAGGUUCUAGUUGAAAGGGAGUGGCUGGAAUUUGGUCACAAGUUUGCUGAUAGGUGUGGCCAGGGUGACGAUCAGAAUGAUCGAUGUCCCGUUUUCCUUCAGUGGCUUGAUUGUUUACAUAACCUUCUACUACAAUUUCCCUGCGCCUUUGAAUUUUCUAAGUCUUAUCUAGUUAAAUUAGCUCAACACAGUUACUCUAACCUCUUCGGAACAUUUUUAUGUAACUCGAACAUGGAAAGAACAAACUUAGGAAUCCAGCAAAGAACCUUCUCUGUCUGGAAAUUCUUACAGUCACCGCAAUUCCGGAAUAUUCUUUAUUGGCCAAACCAAGAUCAAGUUCUUUACCCCUCCUACCAUCUGCGUGACCUCCAGUUAUGGCGAGAUUUGUACCUAGGAACAGAUAUUAAUGAAAACAAUGGGCUGUCAGAGCCAAAUCGGUUACCCAAUGGAAGCGAAUCAAUCUUUGUGGAUGGUGAGGAGCAGAAUGGGACCGGAGAUGAACUCACAGCAGAUGGUGACAACCAAAGAGAGGGACAGUCUGACUCACCUAUUUUAAACGGCUUCUCAGAGCCUCUCAUAUACUCAACCCUUCAAGAUGAUCCAAGUAGUGAGGAAUUGGCAGCUGCUGCGGAAAGUGAUUUACGCGAAAAUAACAGUGAAACUAUGGCAAAUAGAGAAGAAAAAGAAACCGAAUUAGCGUUAUCCGAAUUAGUCGAAAAUUCUAGUGAUAGUGCAGAUAAAUUAGAGAUUAAUGUAGUUAACGGAAAUUCUGGCAAUAUUAAAAAUUGUGUUGUUGAUCAAGGCUCCAUUGUUAAUGAAAUUGCUGCUCUCAUCGUUGAAGAGCAGCCCGAUGAUGCCUCCAAGUCUGAAAGUGAUGACUAUUGUAAAAAUACCUGUGAUUCCGAUAUUAUUGACAAUAUUGCAUCGGCUGUAAGAACUCUAAAUCUCAACUGUGACUCCAGUGUUGAUAGUUCGACUGAAACUUUAGUACCUGCCACUUUGCAUCCAUGCAGAUAUGAACCCACAGUCACGGAACCUAACCUUGAAAAUGGCGUUUCUCCACCCGUCAAUGACACCAUUAAUUCUGACCCCAUUAACUCAGACAUCUGCAGGGGUUGCUCCAGUAAUGGCAGCAGAAAAAUUUCAAGUAUAUCAAGUCCCAUCUCUCCCGCAAGCGGCCGAGUGUUGGACUCAAUCGAUGGACUCCCACCUCUUAGAGAUGAUGUGCAGUCUCGAUUAGAGCAGAUUAUGCAUGAAUAUAAUGCAAACAAGCUAGCACUGGAGAGAGAGUUGCAUUCGACGAGGGUGACGCUUCUUCAGCAAAUGUGUCACCAAUGUACGCACAUCAACAACAAUAAUGGUGCUGAAAAACCUGAUGAUGAGGGAUCAGUAUGCAGCACAGAUGUGUCCUGGGAGGCUGUUGAAGAACGAGAGGCUCAACCUGUUCUUUGGGUGCCAGAUCACGCUGUCACCAGAUGUAUGGGAUGCGACUCCCAGUUUUGGUUGGGGCGCAGAAAACAUCACUGCAGAAGUUGCGGUAAAAUUUUUUGCGCUGACUGCUCAGAAAAUGUUGUAGCCCUCCCAAACGAGCAGUUGUAUGAACCAGUUCGAGUUUGUGAAACGUGUUACAACAACCCGGUGUCGUAUAAAAACACCAUCAACCUGCAACAGCAACCUCUGAGUACUGAUAAACUUGCUGAAGUGACUCAAGUCUCGCACCAAGUGGAAGUGCUCCCGUACCUUCAGAUCCCAACGUGAACACUCCUCCUUCUUCGCCUCCAAGAAACAUCUAUAGUAUUCUGUAAAUUGUGUUUUUAGUUACUUAGUAAGAUCAUAAGUGAGUUCUCCUCCUUUGUAGUCUCUUUAACUUCUCACUGAUUCUGCAAUAUUGCGCAACCGUACUUUCUUCAACAAUACUAAAUCAUAACAUAGAGAAGACUAGAAGACUUUGGUGCAGCUAAAAUGAUACUCACUAGUUUAGAUAUGAGUUCAGCAUUUUCUGUCUGACCUGUAAAAUUAAAAAUUCAGGAUGCAGGAAUGGAAUGGAUUAAGUGCAGGAUUGACAAAAUACUAGAAACUUGCAUCUCACUUGAUGGGUGUUCCUUGCAGAUUUGUGAGAAUUUUGGUAUUUUCUGUUGUAAGUCCAGUCCAACUUGAUGAAAAUAUUCAUAAUGUAUUAGCUGAUCAUAAGCUACCACUCAUUUCUGUUUUGAAGCUGUAUGAGGCUGAGAAACCCCUCCCCCCCCCCCAAAAAAAAAAAACAACAAAAAAAUGCUGUAUGAUAUCAAGUUCAAAAACAUUGCAUAUUCCUACUACGGAAGUCAUACUCUGCUUAUCACGGAUCAAAAGUUUGAUAACUAUAGGAGUAUCAAAGGAGUCAAGUUGCACUCUUGGAUGUACGUGCAGGAGCUCUGAAAGCCUUGCUUUCUGCACUGGUAGUGGUUUGGAAAUUUGUCUAGCUUUUCUCACUCUUCAGGAGAAUGUUCCACCUUUUUUUCAUCUUCCAAAAUGUAUUCUGUUUUAUUUCACACAUAAUUUUAGAAAUUUUAGGGAAUUGUGGAAACCACAAUUAAAGUUGAAGAGAUUAUAAAGCAGGGAAAGUUCUUGUCGAUUUUACUAUGAAUUAUUUUCUAAGUUUCGUUUGUGAUAACUCUCUGCUUAGGUUUGGUUUUUAAAGUUUUAUGAAAAAUAUCUAUUUUUAAUUUUAUUUUUAAAAUUUGUUGAUUAGUGUCUAAUGACUUGUGUCUCAGAUCUUUUAUGUGAAAAGUUAUAGUUGAUGUUUAAAACAAUUUCGGCAGUUUUAAGUUGUUUUUAAAAAUAAUAAUAUUAAUUAUUUUCCAAAACUCCGUCUGAGAAUUCUGUAAAUUGUCAGAAAUUUGAUUAAAGUCUGUUGAAUUAUUUCAAGAAGUUGGUAAGAGAAGUUUAACAACUGUGAAGUGUAACUUAUUGUCAUAACAUCAUUUCCUGCUUUGACUGAUAUUUUUUGGUCUUAUUUGACUCGUUGAUUCGUAAAGCAUGGAUUUUGUAUCUUUUUGGAUUCUCAGCUGCUUUCUGUCAAGCAGCUGUUAACCUGUUGGCUAACUGAUAGACCCAUCUUUAUCAUUUUCCACAUUCAUCAUGAAUAUGGUCAAUAUAAUUAAAAUGUUUUAUAAUUUAUUGGA